GUGUCUGUUUGUAUACAGGUGUGUGUGUAUGUGAGCUUUAGUUCCACCAUGGUUCAGAGGCAGCUCUUCUCUACUGACCAUCUGAUGAAUUCACAGUUUGGUCGUCCUUUUCCUCGCCACGGCCUUCAGCUGCUGUUUUGGUUUGCCAAAGAUUGUGUGAUCUGUGAGCUUGUCCAAUGUGUUGUAAUAAUGAAGCUGGUGUCUGAUUGUCAUCCAGAAAAAGGUUGCUUCGGCUUUCACCUGUUUGGUAAUGUUGAGGAACUUCUUCCUGUUCUGGACAGACGCCGAAAGCACAAGAAACAGGUUGCAUACUAUGAAGUUGGCAACCUGAACACAGAAACCUACCCAGCAUCUGAAGACCUCCCAGCAUAUGUGACGGAAAAUUAUGGGAUCAAUGGCGAUUACAACACAGACCGCAUCAUCAUCGGUUACCAGGUGAGGAGCAGGGUGGUGGAGACGAUCUACAUCACCAAACACAACAGAGCUUUCUCCGGGAGCUUCAGUCCUGAUGACACCUAUGAAAUCAGCUCCGAACUCAUCCGAGCCCUGCAGAGCCCGCACAUGGAUCUCCCCUCUUUUCUCACCCAGAUGGGCUUCUAUCAAGAUAUUCCGGUGGUGAAGUAUUGUGAUGCAGAUGUGAUACAUGAACAAACCGAGCAAUUGUUUGACAUUUUCGACACCUUCGCUGGCUUUAAAGAAACAACACAGCAAAGUGAUGCUUUUGGGUUCUUCUCAGAAACCUUCAACCAGAAACUGUUUAACAAUGUGAAGACAUUCAGCCAUGAACAAAGGGUGCACCACAAUGUCAAUGUGUCAUCACACAACAACAGACCUUUUAGUUACAGUGAUGUGCAACAUGACGGCAGGACACUUAAAGCAAGCAAGAGACCAAGAGCUGCGUGGCAAAGUAAUGUCCUGUCUGGUUUGGAGAAGUGUUAUAAAGGUUUUGAUGAAGAAGAUGAGAAAAAGAGCAGAGGUGGUGGCAUCAGCCUGGUUAAGAUCCUCCUGGGUGCUGGAGCGCUCCUGCUGGCCGUCAGAUGUGUCAGCUGGCUGAGGAGCUGCUCUCAGGUGAACGUCCACAACAGGAUAUCGUUGACACCUCCUAGUUAUCGACAUGAAUAUUUAAUAUUGGAUUAUGUGUACUAGAAUUUUGAGUGGCAACCUUUUGGACUUUUGUGUAAUGAAUAAUCAAAUACAUGUGAUUUGUAAUGCUUAGGUGUGCAGAAACACACUGUUUGGAUGUGCACUGUCAAUAUGUCAUAUUUCCGAUGAGACUUUUUCUAUUUUCCAUACUGGAAAAAACAAUGAUUUUUUGUAUUGAAUGUAUAUGACUGAAUGUUUUGUAAUUACUGGGUGCAAAUCUUACACUUUCUUUCAGAACAUGAAAUAAUGAUGUUAGCACAGAAUGACUGUACUACAGGAACAAAUGUAACUUCUUUAACGAUUAGAACAUCAUAUCAUAAACAAAUGGCAAGUUUAUUGUGAAGGACUUGAAUUGACAGAUUUAAAAAUUAAAUAAAUAAUUAUGAAAUA